AUGUCCUCACAUCAAAAGAUUGAUGAAAGUGAUAAAAGUGAAAUCCUUAAUCCUCAGGAAAUUAAAACUGCGGUUACGUAUGAUCAAGUCGAACCAUCGAAUGUUACUCAUUCAAAAUCUGCCCUUCAAUUGGAUGAUCAAUCACAUCUAAAUGGUCAAACAAAUUCUACCGCCAAAUUACAAUCUUGGAAGACUACUUUGGAAAAGGCUAUAAAUGCCAUCGUAUCUAUUAAGGCAAACUGCGUGAGAGAUUUUGAUACUCAAUAUUCCGGUGAAUAUUGUGGCACGGGAUUUGUGGUUGAUAAGGAGAGAGGAAUCAUUUUAUCCAAUCGUCAUAUAGUGUCGCCAGCUCCUAUUGUGGCUCAGGCCACCUUUAUAAACUAUGAAGAAGUAGAAUUGAAAUCAAUCUAUCGAGACCCGAUUCAUGAUUUUGGAUUUUUAAAAUUUGAUCCAUCAAAGAUUAAGUUUAUGGAUCUAAUUCAGAUCCCUCUUGAACCAGAAAGAGCAAAGGUCGGAAUAGAAAUUAGAGUUGCUGGAAAUGAUUCCGGUGAAAAAGCUCCCGAAUAUGGGAUCGGUUACUAUAAUGACUUUAAUACCUUUUAUUUUCAAGCGGCCUCCGGUACGAGCGGUGGAUCAUCGGGCAGUCCGGUGCUCGAUAUCGAGGGUAAUGCUGUCGCCCUUAAUGCCG